AUGACGUUCCACACGGUGUGUAUCCGCGAUCUUGUCAUUGGCAAGCGGAGACACCACCAUGGUCACCACAGUGGUCCAUCUGCCUCCAUCAGAUAUCGACGUCUUGCAUUGAAGUUCCACCCGAGCAGCAACAGAGAACCUGGAAGCAGGGAUAAAUUCACUCAUCUGGGUGAAGCCUAUGAUGUUCUCAGCAACCCUAGGAAAAAGGCCACUUAUGACAAAUUUGGUGAGGAGGGUCUAAAAAGUGGUAUACCGCCUGAGUUUGGCAUUGGUGGAGCAUGGUCAACUAAGUAUAACUACCAUGGACAACCAGACAAAACAUUCAGGCAAUUCUUUGGAGGUGACAACCCAUUUGCAGACUUCCACACUAAUGAGGCACCACUUAGGUUUGGUGGCCUCCAACAAGUAGUGGUAAAGACACAAGACCCUCCAGUAGAGAGAGACCUUAACUUGUCCCUGGAGGAGCUCUUUCAUGGAUGCACAAAACAGAUCAAGAUAUCUCGGAAGGAAUUGACUGAGGAAACACAAACGUUCAUUAUUAAACAGAAGAUUAAAACAAUUGAUGUAAAUCCUGGAUGGAAAGACGGCACAAGAAUCAUUUUCCCCAAGGAAGGAGAUCAGGGACCAAACAACAUCCCUGCAGAUUUUGUGUUCAUAGUGCGACAGAAGAGUCAUCCUCUGUUUGAAAGACAAGAUAAUGACCUGAUCUACAAGGUCCACAUUUCUCUGGAGAUGGCCCUGACUGGAUUCUCUGUAAAUGUGGAGACACUAGAUGGCAGACUACUCACCAUCCCUAUUAAUGACAUUGUGCAACCUAUGUACAAAAAAGUGGUGAGUGGAGAGGGAAUGCCACUGUCUCAGGAUCCUUCACAGAGAGGAAACCUCAUCAUUACUUUUCACAUCCACUUUCCUGAGAAGCUUUCCCCUGAGCAAAGUAGGCUGGGUCCACAAAGAGGAGCGAGGAGGACACGUGCCGGCGGCCUCGCACCAUAACUUCGCCCAGCUGAAGAGAGCCAUCUUGGACCGGCUAGGCAGGACUCCGGAGGGACACCGGUGGCAGUUCAGGGGGCUCUCUUUUGAAGAAGCCGGUCGCCCCUUUGCGUACGCGCAGCAACUCCUGGACGCAGCGGGGCGCUGCCUCCAGCCGGGGAUCCAAUCUGUGGAGGACGUCGUGGGACAGGUGGCGCUGGAGCAGUUCAUCGCUGGGUUACCGUCGUCCACAGCUAAUUGGGUCCAGUGCCACCACCCCCCCAACAUCGAGGCAGCGGUCGUCCUCGCAGUUGUUUCAAGUUAUCUCUCGAGUUGGGAUCCCGAAAGAGAUCCUGACAUCAUUUAUGUCACGUACACUACGAGAGCUAUACGAAUUACUGGGCGUCCGCUCAAUCCGGACUAGUGUCUACCAUCCCCAGACCAACGGCCUGGUGGAGCGGUUUAACAACACACUAAAGAACAUGAUUCGUAAGUUUGUGCACGAGGAUAGCCGUAAUUGGGAUAAAUGGUUCGACCCUCUGUUGUUUGCAGUGCAGGAGGUUCCCCAGGCCUCCACGGGAUUUUCUCCCUUUGAUCUCCUGUUCGGCAGAAAAACUUGGGGUGUCUUUGACCUCGUUAAGGAAAACUGGGAGGUGGGUCCAAGCACCAGCAAAAACGAGGUACAGUACAUCCUGGACCUGUGAGCAAAACUUCAUUCACUGGGUCAGUAAUCACUGGAGAAUUUGCUCCAGGACCAGGAACGUCAACAGCGUCUGUACAACAGAGGGGCAAAACUUAGACAGUUUUCACUGGGAGAUAAAGUGCUUGUAUUGCUACCAUUAGCAACAUUUCGUACUUUACAACAAUUUGGAAAUGAACAGUAUCAGUGAAUGGAAAAUCAAGCAAAAAGUGUCCAAGAAAACAAUUGGCAUAUGCACUGGGUGAGAAACUUCAUAGGAAUGAACGGAGCCAAAGGGGCGGUGCUCUAUCCAGUUCUUAUAAUACAUCCAUGGUUUAUUUUCUUGCCACGUGACCUGUCUACUCGCUCACAGCAGGGGGAGAUACAUCGCUGCAGUGACUGCAGCGGCCAAGAUGCGCUCUGCACUCAGCAGCGAAACAACAACAAACAUACAGAGUGAUCAAAGAAAACAAAUACAAACGUGCGGGUGCGCAAUCCAACACAUUCAACACAAAGAAACGUUUACAAAACACCGAACCUUGGAGUUGCGGAGCAUGGAUGCGCCGUUGUUUGGAUCACAGCGGAAAGCUGUUGAUCCUCUGUGUCUCUGGAGGGAAGCAGUUCGGGCAUCAGAUAUAGAGGGAGAGAGUGUAUGUGGAAGUCCAAGGUGUACCUACUCCAUCUAUUGCCCCAUGUCAGCUGAGAUUGGCACAGCACCCCCUGCGACUCUCAUGUG